AUGUCAGAACUUCAGGCCAGCGGAAAGUCACGAAGAGGGUCACUUAUAGCACUUCUGUUCGAUAAUGUCAUUUCACGUCAUUACACUUGGCGGCUUUUGGCUACGAGCUCAAUCUUGACAUUAAGUUCAGCAAAUUUUGCCUUUGAUAAUCAAGGUUUUAGUCAGACGCAAGCAAUGAAGCCGUUUCUCAAACGAUUUGGAGAAUAUUCACCGAGUACCAACAAAUAUGCACUCACGCCACAAUUCCUGUCAUUUUCCAAUUCAUUUCCACUCCUUUUGCUGUGUUGCGGUAUCGUGAUCGGAAGUACACUCUCAUCAAUGUACGGUAGAAGGGUUACAGUGAUGGUGAUGUCAAUUUGGGGUAUCAUUUGUACACCCAUAAUCGUGACAAGUCAACAUAGAAAUCAAAUCUUGGCGGGACGUUGCUUGAAUUCGAUUUAUAUUGGAAUGGAAAUGUCAGUCAUUCCAAUCUUUCAAUCAGAAAUUGUACCAAAACAAGUUCGUGGCUUGGCAGUUGCAAGUUAUCAACUUUCUUUUGCUUUUGGAGGUCUGAUCAUGUCGGGAAUCUGUCAUAGAACGUCAACCAUAAACAAUGACUGGGCAUGGCGUAUUCCAUUUUUGUGUUUCUUAUUCACGCCUACGAUCGUUGCAACUUCUAUCUUUUUCCAACCUGAAUCCCCACGAUGGUUGGUUUUGAAAGGUAAAAACGAUCAAGCACGUCAGGCAUUGAUUGCAUUUCGUAGGAAAGGAUCAGAUAUCGAGCAUGAAUUACAACAAAUCAUUGAAGCUGUUCGAUUGGAACAAUUACGGAAUCAAGAAACGGCUGCUUUACACGCAAGCGGAGGAGGUAAGAAGAGCAAAUUAGCAACGAUAAUAAACGAAUAUGUUGCCUGCUUUCGUUCACGUACAAAUUUGCGUAGAACUUUGAUUGUGCUAGCAGUCAACUUUUUUCAACAAUCAACCGGUCAAGCUGUUGCCGGCUUGUACGGACCAGUGGUCGUCCAACGAUUGGGAGUCUUUAGUCCUUUCAAUUUCGCUUUGAUUCUUACUGGUAUUACAGGAUUCACAUAUCUCUUCAACAUCACCUUAAAUGACAAAUUUGGCCGCAGACCUUUCUUGCUCACAAGUGCAGCUUGGCAAGCAGUAUCACUUUUCGUCAUCGCAGGAAUGGGAACGGUUGAAAAACGAUCAGAAACGCAAAAUAAGGUUCUUUUAGCCUUCUUGUUUUUGUUUGCGAUCGGGUAUUGUAUCGGUUGGGGUCCACUUUCAUACGUAGUCUCAGCAGAAACGCCAAGUCAAGCAUUACGUGAUAAAACUUCAAGGAUGGGUUUCGUUGUUGCAGUAAUUACACAAUUUGCCGUGGUAUUUUCAUUACCUUACCUUCUUUAUGCUCCUUAUGCAAAUUUGGAAAUGAAGGUUUGCUUCAUCUUUGCUCCUAUUGCAACCCUUGCAACUCUUUGGGUUUACUUUUGUUUACCCGAAUGUAAAGGGCUAAGCUUGGAAAGCCUUGAUCUUUUGUUCGAACAGCGAAUUUCAGCCCCACGAUCAACAGCUUGGGGUAAAGCUCACAAAGAGCAACCAAUCUCAUCUACCCGUGACGGUCAUAUCGUCGGUGAAGGAGAAGAAGUUGAAAUUAGUGCAAGCUCGGAAAGCGAGAAAGGCCAAUCUGAUAUCAAAGCUGACGAUCCCGGGAUGGUCGAACUGGCAAUGCAUCGAAAAGAGCCACUUUGA